AUGCGUGAGGAGGAGGGAGGGAGGCGUGAAGAGGACGGAAUGCAUGAGGAAGAGGGCGGGAGGCGCGAAGAGGACGGAAUGCGUGAGGAAGAGGGAGGGGGGCGUGAAGAGGACGGAAUGCGUGUGAGGAGGAGGGAGGGAGGUGUGAAGAGGACGGAAUGCAUGAGGAAGAGGGAGGGGGCAGGGAGGGGGCGUGAAGAGGACGGAAUGCGUGAGGAGGAGGGAGGGGGCGUGAAGAGGACGGAAUGCAUGAGGAAGAGGGAGGGGCGUGAAGAGGACGGAAUGCAUGAGGAAGAGAGGGAGGAGGGCGUGAAGAGGACAGAAUGCGUGAGGAGGGAGGGAGGCGGAGAGAGGAGGGAGAAGGAAUGA